AUGGAUCAGUUUCGAUUGAUUAAGCCAGCUUACUCAGCUUCUAGUGUCAAAUUAGCCAUUGCCACUUUUGCAGUUUUUGCAACAAUUUGCAUGACUGCAUCAAAUUUUAUAGGAAUUGCCCGAGGAUGGCGCUAUCUUGCGCCAUCCUCGGGCAAUUGAAAAAUGGAAUCGAGCCCACGUGUGGGCCAUUUUUGGUGCGUGUAAGUCGAUGUUGGCCACACACCAAAAAUGGCCCCACACGUGGGUUCGAUUCCCGGUGUGGGGCCAUUUUUCAAUUGCCCGAGGAUGGCGCAAGAUAGCGCCAUCCUCGGGCAAUUGGUAUAUAUACUUUUUGAUGAAAUUAUUAUCAAUAAUACUGGAAGAUAUAGCAAUAUUUAAUAUAGAAAAAAAAUUAUUUAGGCUCUUUUAUAUUCAUUCAAUAAUAUUUUUUAUACCUAACAAGUGAAUCUCCUUUGCCAGCUCUCCAUGAAUACGAACUGGAAGAGCAAGAAUUUAAGAAUUUUCUGAAAACAUACAACAAAAAUUACCCCAACGAAGCUGAAUAUCGGGUUAGACUGCAAAACUUUAGAGAAAAUCUGUUAUUUGCAAGAGUUCAUAAUAAGCUUGGUAAAACAUGAACUUUGGGAGUAAAUAACUUUGCUGACCUAUCUAUGGAAGAAUUCAAACACAUUUAUUUAUCAAACUCUCAUAUUCCAAUUACUGGCGUAGAAUAUUUUACACCAGAAAAGGUAGAAAUUCCUACUACUAUUGAUUGGCGUCAAAAAGGAGCAGUGACUCCUAUUAAAAAUCAAGGUCAGUGCGGGGCUUGUUGGUCUUUUUCAACUACUGCCAGUGUAGAAGCUGCUUGGUUUUUAUCAGGACACACACUAGUAUCACUUUCAGAGCAAGCUCUAAUUGAUUGCUCUGUUAGCUUUGGAACUAGUGGCUGCUAUGGAGGAAGCUAUGAUGCAGGAUUCCAAUAUACAAUAAAAUACGGCCUACCUACAGGAACGACAUAUCCAUAUGUUGCAAGAAGCCAAAAUUGCAAUACAGCUUUGCAGACAAAAACUGCUGCAAAAAUAACGCAAUACAUAUUUAUUCAGCCUGGAAGCUCUCAAGCCUUAUUAAACGCUGUCGCGAUGAGACCUGUAAGCGUAAAUGUGGAAGCUGACCAAGCAGCAUGGAUGCUGUAUAAAGGAGGGAUUGUUUCGAGCAAUUGUGGGACUAAUUUGAAUCAUUCAGUUAAUAUUGUGGGAUAUAAUACUACUAAUGUCCCACCUUAUUGGAUUGUCAAAAACUCUUGGGAUACAUGGUGGGGAGAGAAAGGAUACAUUAGGAUUGCGAUUGCGGAUGGAAAUGGAGUAUGUGGCAUCAACAUGGAGCCAGUAUAUGCCGUUUAA